GUAAACAUAGACCAAAAACAGAGAAUGGGAAUAGAAUUGUUAUGGUCAUUUGUGGCAAUUGUGGCUGCAACAUACGUUAUUCUAUUUGGUUUCUUAAAGAAAAUAAACGAGUGGUACUAUGUUACUAUGUCGGAGAAGAAGCAAAACCCUUUGCCACCCGGUCAUAUGGGAUGGCCAUUCAUCGGAAACAUGUGGUCCUUCUUCAAGGCGUCCAAUUCACAAGAUCCCGAUUCCUUCAUCGACAACUUGGUUAAAAGGUAUGGAAGAGCAAGCAUUUACAGAACCCAUUUGUUUGGGAGUCCAAGCGUCAUAGUUUGCAGUCAGGAACUUUGCAGGAAGGUGUUGACAGAUGAUGAACACUUUUCGUAUGGCUACCCUUCAUCAGCAAUACAAUUAGGAGGGAAAAAAUCGCUGUAUGGAAUUUCAAAUUCAGAGCACAGGCGUUUGCGUAGGCUAAUAGCGGAUCCCAUCAAUGGCCAUCAAGCACUAGCUUUGUACAUAGGGCAUAUUGAAGACAUUGUGAUCACUUCAUUGGAAGAGCUUGCUACCAUGAACCGACCAAUCAAGUUUUUCAAUGAAAUGAAGACGAUUGCCUUAAAGGGUAUUGCAAAAGUUUCCCUGGGUUCCACUCAGGAUUCCAGUCUUUGGUCGAUGGUGAAAUAUUUCACAGAAUUGUCUCCGGGUAUUCUUUCCAUGCCCAUUAAUAUCCCUGGUUUUGCAUUCCAUCGAGCACUCAAGGCCAAAAAACAGCUGGUAAAAUUGACUAAAGAUGAACUAGAUGAAAGAAGACGGAAAACAGUAGCAGAGAGGAAGAAAGGAAUGAUGGAUUUACUUAUGGAAGUAGAAAACGAGAACGGAGAAAAGUUGGAGGAUGAGCAUAUCAUUGACUUAUUGCUGCUGAUAUUGUUCUCGGGUCGUGAAACCGUAGCGCACAAUGCAAUGUGGGUGACCAUCUACCUCCAUCACCAUCCAGAAAUAUUGCAAAAGGCCAAGGAAGAGCAACAGGCGAUCAUAAAGAGAAGACCAUCCUCCCAGAAAAGUCUCACCCUCACUGAAAUCAAAGAAAUGGAAUAUCUACCCAAGGUGAUUGAUGAGUCUUUGCGAAGAAACUAUUUUGCAUUCGCAAUAUUCCGGAAGGUGGUAGCUGAUGUUAACAUUAAUGGUUAG